AUGUCAUCUGACAGUGAGAUGGCAGCUUUUGGGGUUGCUGCCCCCUUUCUCCGCAAGUCAGAGAAAGAGAGAAUUGAAGCUCAAAACAAGCCCUUUGAUGCCAAGUCAUCUGUCUUUGUGGUGGAUCCUAAGGUUUCCUUUGUAAAAGGUGUUGUCCAGAGCAGGGAAGCGGGGAAAGUCACAGUUAAGAAAGAAGGUGCAGGUGGAGAGACUGUAACUGUUAAAGAUGACCAAGUCUUUCCAAUGAACCCACCCAAAUUUGACAAAAUUGAGGACAUGGCCAUGAUGACCCACCUCAAUGAACCUGCUGUCCUGUAUAACCUCAAAGAGCGUUAUGCAGCCUGGAUGAUUUAUACAUAUUCAGGUCUCUUCUGUGUCACAGUCAAUCCCUACAAGUGGUUGCCAGUGUACAACCCAGAGGUGGUUAAUGCAUAUAGAGGGAAAAAACGCCAAGAGGCCCCUCCUCAUAUCUUCACCAUCUCUGACAAUGCAUAUCAGUUCAUGUUAACUGAUCGCGAGAAUCAGUCAAUCCUGAUCACCGGAGAAUCUGGUGCUGGAAAGACUGUGAACACGAAACGUGUCAUUCAGUACUUCGCAACAAUUGCUGCAACUAGUGACAAGAAGAAGGAUGAACCACAGCAAACUGGCAAGUUAAAGGGCACCCUUGAAGAUCAAAUCAUCAGUGCCAACCCCUUGUUGGAAGCUUUUGGAAAUGCCAAGACUGUGAGGAAUGACAAUUCAUCUCGCUUUGGCAAAUUCAUCAGAAUCCAUUUUGGUGCCACUGGCAAGCUGGCUUCUGCAGACAUUGAGACAUAUCUGCUGGAGAAGUCCAGAGUUACCUUCCAGCUCAAGGCUGAAAGAAGCUACCAUAUCUUUUAUCAGAUCAUGUCCAACAAGAGGCCAGAACUGAUCGAGAUGCUUCUGAUUACUACCAACCCAUAUGACUUCCAUUUUGUCAGCCAGGGUGAGAUCAGUGUUGCCAGCAUUAAUGAUCAGGAAGAGUUAAUGGCAACUGACGAAGCCAUUGACAUCCUGGGCUUCACUGCUGAGGAAAAGACAGCCAUUUACAAGCUGACUGGAGCUGUCAUGCACUACGGGAACAUGAAGUUCAAGCAGAAGCAGCGGGAGGAGCAAGCUGAGCCAGACGGCACGGAAGUUGCUGACAAGGCUGCCUACCUCAUGAAUCUCAACUCAGCAGAUCUGUUGAAAGCUCUGUGCUAUCCCCGGGUCAAAGUCGGCAAUGAAUAUGUCACCAAAGGCCAAACUGUCCAGCAGGUCUACAAUAAUGUUGGUGCUUUGGGUAAGGCCGUCUAUGAGAAGAUGUUCUUGUGGAUGGUCAUUCGCAUCAACCAACAAUUGGAUACCAAACAAGCCAGACAAUAUUUCAUUGGUGUGCUGGAUAUUGCUGGCUUUGAGAUCUUUGAUUAUAACAGCUUGGAGCAGCUUUGCAUCAACUUCACCAAUGAGAAACUGCAACAGUUUUUUAACCAUCACAUGUUUGUCCUGGAGCAAGAAGAGUACAAGAAGGAAGGAAUUGAAUGGGAAUUCAUUGACUUUGGGAUGGAUCUGGCUGCCUGCAUUGAGCUCAUUGAGAAGCCCAUGGGCAUUUUCUCCAUCCUGGAAGAAGAGUGCAUGUUCCCAAAGGCAACAGACACGUCCUUCAAGAACAAACUUUAUGACCAGCAUCUUGGCAAAUCAAGCAACUUCCAGAAACCCAAGCCUGCCAAAGGCAAGGCUGAGGCCCACUUUGCCUUGGUACACUAUGCUGGCACUGUGGAUUAUAAUAUCAGUGGCUGGUUGGAGAAGAACAAGGAUCCCUUGAAUGACACCGUGGUAGGACUCUACCAGAAAUCCUCAAUGAAGACUUUAGCUUCGUUGUUUGCUGAUCGCCCUUUAGAAGAGGGCAAGAAGGCUGCCAAGAAGAAGGGUUCUUCUUUCCAGACUGUGUCUGCACUUUUCAGGGAGAACUUAAACAAACUGAUGUCCAACCUGAGAAGUACUCACCCACACUUUGUGCGUUGCAUUAUUCCCAAUGAAACAAAAACGCCUGGUGCUAUGGAUCAUGAACUUGUGCUUCAUCAGCUGAGAUGCAAUGGUGUACUGGAAGGCAUCCGCAUUUGCAGAAAGGGAUUUCCCAGUAGGAUCAUUUAUGCUGAUUUCAAACAGAGAUACAAAAUUCUGAAUGCAAGUGCCAUUCCAGAGGGCCAGUUCAUUGAUAGCAAGAAAGCUUCUGAGAAACUUCUUGGAUCCAUUGAUGUGGACCAUACCCAGUAUAAAUUUGGACACACCAAGGUGUUCUUUAAGGCUGGUCUUUUAGGUCUCCUAGAAGAAAUGAGAGAUGAUAAGUUGGCCCACCUGAUAACACGCACCCAAGCUAUGUGUCGUGGUUUCUUAGCAAGAACAGAGUAUCAGAAAAUGUUACAAAGGAGGGAGGCUAUCUUCACUAUUCAGUACAGUGUCCGUUCAUUCAUGAACGUCAAACAUUGGCCAUGGAUGAAAUUGUACUUCAAGAUCAAGCCCCUGCUGAAGAGUGCGGAGUCAGAGAAGGAAAUGGCCAACAUGAAGGAAGAGUUUGAGAAAACAAAGGAGAAUCUUGCCAAGGCAGAAGCCAAAGUGAAGGAGCUAGAAGAAAAAAUGGUGUCCCUGAUGCAGGAAAAGAAUGACUUGCAACUCCAAGUCCAAGCUGAAUCUGAUGGCUUGGCAGAUGCCGAGGAGAGAUGUGACCAGCUAAUCAAAACCAAAAUCCAACUGGAAGCUAAAAUUAAGGAGCUGACUGAGCGAGCUGAAGAUGAAGAAGAAAUGAAUGCUGAAUUGACAGCCAAGAAGAGGAAACUGGAGGACGAAUGCUCAGAACUGAAGAAAGACAUUGAUGAUCUUGAGCUGACACUGGCCAAGGUUGAAAAGGAGAAGCAUGCUACAGAAAACAAGGUGAAAAACCUUACUGAAGAGAUGGCGGUCUUGGACGAGAGCAUUGCCAAACUGACCAAGGAGAAGAAAGCCCUGCAAGAGGCCCAUCAACAGACCUUGGAUGAUCUGCAGGCAGAGGAGGACAAAGUGAACACUCUGACCAAAGCAAAGACUAAGCUGGAACAGCAAGUAGAUGAUCUUGAAGGGUCUCUGGAGCAAGAAAAGAAACUUCGCAUGGACCUUGAAAGAGCUAAGAGGAAGCUAGAAGGGGAUUUGAAGCUAGCUCAGGAAUCCACAAUGGAUCUGGAAAAUGAUAAGCAGCAGCUGGAUGAAAAGCUGAAGAAGAAAGACUUUGAAAUCAACCAACUGCAAAGCAGGAUUGAAGAUGAGCAAGUCCUGGGCUCCCAGCUUCAGAAGAAGAUCAAGGAGCUGCAGGCUCGUAUUGAGGAACUGGAAGAGGAGAUUGAGGCAGAACGGGCAUCUCGCGCCAAAGCAGAGAAACAGCGGGGUGAUCUCUCCAGGGAACUUGAGGAGAUCAGUGAGCGUCUGGAGGAAGCUGGUGGAGCAACUGUAGCUCAGAUUGAGAUGAACAAGAAACGUGAGGCAGAAUUUCAGAAAAUGCGCCGGGACCUUGAAGAGGCCACCUUGCAGCAUGAAGCCAUGGCUGCUGCCCUCCGCAAGAAGCACGCAGAUAGUACAGCUGAACUUGGGGAACAAAUUGAUAACCUGCAGCGAGUGAAGCAGAAGCUGGAGAAGGAGAAGAGUGAACUGAAGAUGGAGAUUGAUGAUCUUGCAAGCAAUAUGGAAUCUGUCUCUAAAGCUAAGGCCAAUCUUGAAAAGAUGUGCCGCACACUAGAGGAUCAGCUAAGCGAACUUAAAACAAAGGACGAAGAGCAUAUGCGUACCAUUAAUGACCUCAAUGCUCAAAGAGCUCGCCUACAAACAGAAUCAGGUGAGCUCUCACGACAAGUGGAAGAAAAAGACUCUUUGAUCUCCCAGCUCUCCAGAAGUAAGCAAGCAUUUACUCAACAAAUUGAGGAACUGAAGCGACAUCUUGAGGAAGAGAUAAAGGCCAAGAAUGCCCUGGCUCAUGGCUUGCAAUCGGCUCGACAUGACUGUGACCUCCUUCGAGAGCAAUAUGAAGAGGAGCAGGAAGCCAAAGCUGAACUACAACGUGCCCUGUCCAAGGCAAACAGUGAAGUUGCCACAUGGAGGACAAAAUAUGAGACUGAUGCCAUUCAGCGGACUGAGGAACUGGAGGAAGCUAAGAAGAAGCUUGCUCAGCGUCUGCAGGAAGCUGAGGAACAUGUAGAAGCUGUGAAUUCCAAAUGUGCUUCCUUGGAGAAGACCAAGCAGAGGUUGCUGAAUGAAGUGGAGGACGAGGAACAAUCCAAUGUGAACCUUUCCAAGUUCCGCAAGAUUCAGCAUGAGCUGGAAGAAGCUGAGGAACGGGCUGACAUUGCUGAGUCCCAGAACACUAGCCUGAUCAACACCAAGAAGAAGCUGGAAACAGACAUUGCCCAGAUGCAGAGUGAAAUGGAGGAGACUAUUCAGGAGGCACGAAAUGCUGAAGAAAAGGCCAAGAAAGCCAUCACUGAUGCAGCCAUGAUGGCUGAAGAACUGAAGAAGGAACAAGACACCAGCGCCCAUCUUGAAAGGAUGAAGAAGAAUCUGGACCAGACUGUGAAGGAUCUGCAACACCGUCUUGAUGAGGCAGAGCAACUAGCCCUGAAAGGAGGGAAAAAACAGAUCCAGAAAUUGGAGGCUAGGGUUCGUGAACUGGAGUCUGAGUUUGAGAACGAGCAGAAGCGUAGUGCAGAGGCUAUCAAAGGUGUACGGAAAUAUGAGAGAAGAGUAAAGGAACUAACUUAUCAGUCUGAAGAAGACCGGAAAAAUGUUCUGAGGCUCCAGGAUCUGGUCGAUAAACUACAGCUUAAAGUGAAAGCAUACAAGAGACAAGCUGAAGAGGCCGAGGAACAAUCCAAUGUGAACCUUUCCAAAUUCCGCAAGAUUCAGCAUGAGCUGGAAGAAGCUGAGGAACGGGCUGACAUUGCUGAGUCCCAGGUGAACAAACUCAGGGUGAAGACCCGAGAAGUAAAAUNGGAAGCUUCCCAGAAGGAGUCUCGGUCUCUGAGCACAGAGCUCUUCAAGAUGAAGAACGCAUAUGAGGAAUCCUUGGAUCACCUGGAAACUCUGAGGCGCGAGAACAAGAACCUCCAGCAGGAAAUAUCUGACCUAACGGAACAGAUUGCUGAGGGAGGAAAGGCCAUCCAUGAACUAGAGAAAGUGAAGAAGCAGAUUGAACAGGAGAAGGGUGAACUCCAGGCUUCUUUAGAAGAGGCUGAGGUAAUCAUGUCAUUAUUAGUAGAAAAGCAAGUAAUGUUUUAUAUAAUUAAGCAGGCUACUUAA